GUCAUCACACUAUAGAAAGGAUGUUUCAUUUAACGUGCCCUGGUCUCCUUGCAUGGAUAAACGAUGCUAUGAUUUUGCAGAAAUUGCAAAUGCCUGUGACCUUUUAAUGGUGACAUCCUUUGAUGUGCAGAGCUUGAUGAUGGACGAAUGCUUUGCAAAAGCAAAUGCUCCCUAUUUUGAGGUUUUUACAGGUCUGUUAAAUUAUAUUAGGCUCGGUAUUGAUUCCAGAAAGCUGAUAAUGGGAGUUCCAUGGUUUGGUUAUGACUAUCUCUGUGAGCAGUUCUUUGAGCCUGGAAGAUGUUAUGUGACAAUACCUCCCCUCGGAGUUGGUAUGUGUGGUUCUCUCACUGCGAAGGUGGUCCCAUACAAAGACAUUAUACAGCAGCUGCCCAACUCUAUUACUGGCAGAUACUGGGAUGAUAACCACAAAGCCCCAUAUUAUGUUUACAAGGAAGGUGAAAAAUACCAUGAGGUCUGGUAUGAUGACCCAGAGAGCAUUUCACUAAAAUCAUCUAUCUUGAAGAAGCUAAAACUCCGUGGCAUUAGUAUGUCGGCAGGAAAUUAUCUAAACUACAGUACGGAUCCAUUAGCAGCAAUGCAAACUGAACAAAUGUGGAAUGCUCUCUGCCCUUUCUGAGGAAAAGGACGAGUUUGAUCCUAUCAAUCUUCACACGAUCUAAUUAGUUUUCCUACUUAAUGCAGCAGAGUGUAAGUUAGUUUCCAAUAUAGACCAUUCACCCAACAUAAUUCUGUAAUGAUUGAAUAUUUAUGAAUGAAAAGCAAACCUACUGAUUUGAUGUGCAAAACAAGAUCUGGUCACUUCAAGUAGCAUAUUAAAUUGUUUACAUGAGCUCACAAUUUCAAUCAACUGUUGCAAUACUUAACAGCAGGCAGGAACUAGAAGCCGGAGAACAAUUCUGCUUUCCUGUUGGGUAAUAAUCCAAUCUGAUAUACACAUGUCUGUUCGAAUCUUAAUGCUCUUUUAAUUCUCAAUUGGUUUUAGGAAGGAAAUAAAUACCUUCCUUAGUGCUGGAGAGAUCAAAGAGUAUGUAGUGAAAGUAGGAACAGGGGACUGAGUUAGAUGACCAGUCAGGAUCAUAUUAAUUGGCAGAACAGGCCCAAAGUGCCAAAUAGCAAAAGUGAGGAUUGCAGAUGCUGGAGAUCAGAGUCUAGAUUGGAGUGGU